AUGUCGUCUCGAUUCCCUCCAUCGUCCGGGUUUAAUUCCCGCGACCGCUCCCCUCAUCGAUUCGGGGAUCGUCGCCAACCUAUUGGUCCCCGUGGCUCUGACGACGGCAGCGCUCCAUUCGGCAGGCCACCUCCGACCGCCCCGCGCGCCCUGCGCGGCGUCGUUGAUUCUAGAGGUGGCCAUUUUGGUGGACGAGGUCGUGGAUAUGGCCGAGGCGAAUUCCGAGAUCGAGACCGAGACCUACGAGACCGUGACCGCGAUCGCGAAUUUCGUGACAACCGCGAUGGGCCGCCAUUCCGCCGUGACAUAGACCGCGACUGGGGUCGUCGUGAUCGCGAAUUUGAUCCUCGCGACACCCGCAUCGGCUUCGGACGUGGCCGCUCAAGAUCCCCAGCACGCGACUUCCGUGACACCAGAGACCCCCCGGGCCGUGAAUUUGAUCUCGUUCGAAUGCGCCGAAAUUCUAGAGACAGCAUCCUAUCCGCCUCCUCAGGUGGUCCUGAUGGUCCACCAUCAAAUGUGAGUCACCCUCGAGGUGGCUCUAUGCGUGGUCGAGGAAGAGGAGACUGGGAAGGUGGUCGCGGCCGAGGUCGUCCAUCCUUCUUCGACGACCGUGAGCAGUUCCGCCGACGAAGCCGAUCUCGUGAUACAUGGCGAGACCGCGGACGAGACCGUAUGGUUGAUCGGGACCGCGAUCGCGAUAGAGACAUGGACAGAGAUCGCCCUCUUUUGGAUCGCUCGCAGGACCGUCCAUUAGAUCGAGCUCAUAUGGAACGGGCUCCUCUUGAUCGACCUCAUGAUCGCCCUCCUAUUGAUCGCCCUGCUAUGGACCGACCUCAUGAACGACCUCCUCUUGAUCGACCUCCGCUUGAUCGACCUCCUAUGGACCGGCCUCCUAUGGACCGGCCUCCUCUGGACCGGCCUCCUCUGGACCGACCUCCUAUGGACCGGCCUCCUAUGGACCGGCCUCCUAUGGACCGACCUCCUAUGGACCGACUUCCUAUGGACCGACCUCCUAUGGAACGACCUCUUGAUCGACCUCCUAUGGACCGACCUCCUAUGGAACGACCUCUUGAUCGACCUCCUAUGGACCGACCUCCUAUGGAACGACCUCUUGAUCGACCUCCUAUGGACCGACCUUCUCUUGAUCGACCUCCUCUCGAUCGACCUCCUCUUGAUCGUCCUGCUAUGGACCGACCCCAUGAUCGACCUCCUCUUGAUCGACCUCCUAUGGACCGACCUCCUAUGGACCGGCCUCCUCUGGACCGGCCUCCUCUGGACCGACCUCCUAUGGACCGGCCUCCUAUGGACCGGCCUCCUAUGGAUCGACCUAUUGAUCGACCCCCUCUUGAUCGUCCAUCUCUUGAUCGCCCUCUCUCAGACCGCCCCAUCUUGGAGCGCGAUCGUGGGCUUGAUAGAGAGCGUGACCGUGAUAUUAUGCGAGACCGAGACCGUGAUCGCGAUGUAGACCGACGCGAUCGUUUUGAUCGACGUGAAGAAUGGGAGAUCCGUCGACCCGACCGAGAGGAUCGCGACCGUCCUGUCGAGCCAUGGAAAAGAGAACACCCUCCAAACCGAACAGACAGUCGUGCAGGUUCGAUUGCUUAUGCAGGGCCUUCAAACGUGGGCCCGUCUGUUGCGGAGCGUAUGCCUGAUCCAGCUCCUCUAGAACAGACUCGCAAAGCAUCCAUCAUCUCUAGUGGUGGUGGACAUGAGGUUCGACGCGACGUUGACCGAUCCGAACUCCCUUCUCUCCGCCCUGAACCCUCCAAGGAUUUAGGGCCUAUCAAUCAGCACUCGCCUCCCCCACCAGCACCACAGGUUCCCGCUUUUGGCUCUGUGGCUGCUCCAACUCCAUCGGCACCAUCGUCGAAAGGACCUCCCGAUGGACGUACUCAAAGUGACACAUCCCUCCGAGCAGAGAAGCCCCAAGAUGGAAAGCCGUCUAAAUCGUUACAAAACGCCCCAACAGGGCCAAAAGCGGAACGCGCUGAUUCGACAGGACAAACAUUAGAUAUCUCUAGCCACCCCUCCGAGAACCUUCUACGACAAGAGCAUGCGACUACGAAAUCAUUUGCACAUUUUCCAGACCGAUCUCCACCAACUGCCCCAGCUGCAAUGGCAAAGCGGGAUUCCAUUAAUGGCACAACGGAACCACAUGCUCCAAAACCAAGCCCUGUGACCACAUCUCCAACCAUCUCUCGUCUACCCCCACCAGCGCGUUCCCUUUCACGCGAGCCGUCAAUCUCCCCUCGAAUGCAGCAAUCCAAUAUCCCGACAGGUCCACGAGCACAUCAAUCGCGACCAGGCUCAUCACCAAGGGGAGGAGGCAAAGGGAACAAACAAUGGAGUCGCCCUGGGUACAAUCGUGUACCAUCUGCGAGUGCCGCUCAAUCAAAGAAAGAAAUCGACGAGCAGGAGUCCAUGCUCACGCCCAGCGAAAAAGCUCCCGAGGGGAGUCGACAUGCACUGUCACGCCCGUUGGAUCAUCCUCAGAAAAAAGAGGAUCUUACUGCUGAAGCCACCAUUCUACCCUCCCCAAGCUCCCCAUCUAUGAAAAUUGCCAUUCGUAGCAGUCCACCGCCGGCUCUAAAGGACAAGGCAGCACCCCAGGGCGAUGAGAAGGCGCGGAAGCAAGAUAAUGGACCAGAGCAGGAGUCAGAGCAAAAGUCACCAAUCCUGGAAGAGGAACCCACGCAACAGUCCCAGCUAGAGCAAGAUCCGCGGCUGGUCCAAGAACAGGAGCCCGAGCCGGAACUGACACAAAAACAGCAGCCACUGCCAGAAGUUCAAGGUAAGGACGAGCAUUCCAUUAGCCCUGGCUUUGGACAGUCAAGUGAUGAAGAUGAUGAGGAAAACGUGCUCUUCAGCCAUGAAUAUUUGGAAGAGCGGAAACGGACCUUUGAAAGGGACAUGGAGCUUCUUCGAGCAGAGAUACCUCCGUCGCCUUUGGAAGAUCCCCAUAUCGUCUCCCUCCUUCUGAAAAUCCAGCUACUGGGUACAAUUGCCCAAGAAGAAGCAGUGGACCACGCCCCGGUAGAACCUCUUUCCUCUGCCGAGAAUCAUGCGGGGCCUCCAGUGUCCAGUGACGAGCGAGUUGUGACCUUUGCUCCAAUGACGGCUGAAGACCUAGUUGAACCGGCACCUGAGGCUGUGACCGCACCAGCUGUGGCGCAUCCGGAAAUUACGAUUGAUGGCUUACCUUUUUUGAACACUGGCCCUCCAACUCCACUCUCUGACAUGGAAGCAGGGCAGGAUGGCGAAUCCACCAAAAUUCGUCUUGAAGCUUUUCGCAAUGAGAUUUCCAAGCGACAAAAGGAGAUUGCGAAGAAGAACGCCGCACUUCGAGAAGAGUACAUGGCCCAUUAUAAGCCUUGGCGACUUUCUAUCUGGCAGCUAGAUCGUUCUAAGUCCAAAAAGCCUAUGACUCCUGGUCCUGCUUCUCCACCUCCUACCACGAUUCCUGUUACUCCAACUGUGAUGCCAGAGGGACGCGAAGGUCGACGAAUCAAGGGUAACAGCGAGCUGGAUUUCUUAAAUGCUUUGAAGGCAUCAGAAAUCUCUGCGCAAGAGGACGCCGAGCGCCGGAAAACAGAAAUGGUCACCGCUCGCCCUGACUUGAGCCGUGAAGCUGUCAUUCCAGACAUGCUAGAGCCACGAGAGGCGAAGGCCCGCAUUUACAAGGAUGUUAAUAAUGCUGUUGAAGCUGAAGAUGCACUGGAGUUAUUUGGCUUCCUCCCACCCCCCAACGAUUUUACCAAGGAAGAGCAUGCGAUAUUCACGGAUGCUUUCAUGGCCGAUCCUAAGAAAUGGGGCAAAAUCGCCGAGUCUUUGCCUGGUCGAGAUUUUCAACAGUGCAUUGUCCACUACUACCUCACAAAGGAGGAAAUCAAAUACAAAGCCAAACUUAACAAGCGGUGGAGCAAGCGAGGCAAGGGCAAGACCAGGUCCAGUCGUCCUAAAUCCAAUGCGCUUAUUGCCGACUUGGGUGUGGUCAAGCCGGAUUUUGACGGGGGGGAAGAGGACGUUCCAGCGGUCACUGAUACCGGACGUCCUCGGCGUGCUGCUGCUCCAACCUUCGGUGAUUCAAAUGAUGGUCAAACUGCGAAGGAGACCGAGCCAAUUGAAAAGCCUGCAUCUCGACGUGGUGGUCGGGUUGGUACCGCUCGUGCCCCCAAGCGCAACCGGACAACUGAAAAAGAGCAGCGGACUCAAGGACCACCACUACCGCCACCUCAACCUCCACAACCGCAAAGCAAUCCUCUCCCCGCUGCCAUUCCCAAGAUAGAGAUGGGAGUGGGCUUUGAUGUGGCGAUGGACAUGUCCACGGAUCGAGAAAUGAGUGAGAGAGAGGGCCAGAUGCCGGCUUCCAGACCUAGAGCUGGACGUGGAAAGGCAAAGGAAGGUGUCUAUGUUUUUGAAUCUACCGAAGCUGAUCCAGUUAUGACACCUAAAUCACUGGAGACCGGGUAUGGUUCCUUGCAACCAACAAGUUAUUGGUCUGUUCCAGAGCAACGCGACUUCCCUCGACUGCUUGCACACUUCGGUCGUGAUUUCGAGGGCAUUUCUAAUUUCAUGAAGACGAAGACCACGGUGAUGGUAAAAAACUACUACCAGCGUCGACUUGACUCAGGGCAGAAAGACUUUGAGGAGCUUUUGUUGGUUGCAGAGGAGAAGAAAACUCGGGGCGAGCCAACUGGGCCUCUUCCCGUGCCUAGUGUUGCUCCUAAGCGACGUUAUGAGGCGACCCCUUCCACCAUUACUCCUCGUCCUCUUGCCCCCCUUGGCGACAUGAUGGCAGAAGCAGACGAGUUGCGGUUUUCCGCGAAGGGCAGACCCCUUGCCGUGUCACCCCAGCCAAUGUCACUCCAUGGUCGACCUUUAUCAGAGAACGAGCGAGUGCCAAGUCGUUACCCGACCUUGGCACAGGCAUCUUCCGCAGCUUCAGGGCCUCCAGUUGUCAAUGGUCUUGGUGACGAGAGCCGUGCCAUGCGUGGACAUCCAAAUCGGAUGUCGGGCCCACGAUUAGGAUAUUUCACCGAGGAUCGUCGGGAAUCUUCGAUGCUGCCGCAUUCGACUCCACGUGGCCAAGAUAUGCAGAUACCGUCACGGCAUACCUCUGCAACGUCAAUUCCCCCUGAAAUGGCUCGGAUGGAUCCUUUGUCCGGCCAGACUUACAUGACUAACCAGGCCCCACCAUCCUUGCUUCCUCCUACCCAUUCACGUCAUCCCAGUCUGACCCAAGCUCCUGGUUCGCCAACGCAAAUGUCUCGACCGGAGCUUGACAUUUCUUCCGUUCAUCGUGAUCCCUUCGUCCAACGGCAGUACUACUCGCUUUCGGGCCAGCCCGUGGGACUGCAGUCGCCGCGAUCUGGCCUGUCUCCAAUUAAAGACGCCCCACGGCCAAGCGGUACCCCAGCCCCUGAUUCCAAGGUGCCCGCUAAACGCUCCAACAUCAUGAGUAUUCUCAAUGACGAGCCGGAGGAGCCUCAGCCUCGGAAGCGCUUUGCGAGUGAAGCUCCCUCCGCCCCGGUUCCUGGAGCAGUGUCAGGACAGCGUUCUGUUUACCAAAGCAUCGGCGGGUCUCGCGCCGAUGAGGUUGCCAUGCCUGGCGCUUCAGCGGCGAAGUCUGGUUAUGGCCAACCGAGCCAGUAUCAAACCUCAUCGCGUGGCUACCAGGAAUACAGUAGCUACGGACCUCCUCCUGGUAGCGCAGGAACAUCAACGACUAGCGACUGGAUGGCGCGUUUCGAUCCUCGGGCUCAACAAGGAGGCUCACAAUCACAGCCGCCCCCCCCGUCGCAACAGAGCGGUCGCCCAACGGCAUCGCUGGCCUCCCAGAAUUCAUACUCGCACUAUGGCUCUGCUUCGUCUCAGCCCACAAGUCAAUUAAACAAUAUUUCGGUUCCGUCCCCCGCACCGACGCCGCCACCGGGUUCUCAGCGACCUGCCUACUCAAGUGUGUUUUCCCAACCAUCCGCUGGUCAGACACAUGCCUCCGCCAAUUCUCGUGAUAUCCCUUCUCAAUCGCAAGCCUACCGACCCGUAUCUCCAUCAUCACGGGCAAGCAGUGUCUUUGGUUCUCGACAGGAUCCUCCUACCCCGGCUCAACCAUCGGCAAACCUGUAUGGCAUGCAGCCGCGUCAGUCUGGCGGACAAUCCUCAUAUUCUCCUGCCACCCCAUCCACACCAGCAUCUGCGCAACAACUUGGUCAAAGCUACCAGCAACAUGUCCAGGGGUUUGUUGGCGGAUCACACCGGUCGACCCCCGCCAGCUUGAAUGGUCCUCCUCAGGCGUAUGGGCAUAGCACUCCGCCCCCGCAGGGUCAAAAUGGCCGAUCGAUGCCAUCACUUUCAGGUCUUGCUAGAUCGUACACUCCACCAUCAGGAAUACAUCCUUCGAUGAGCGGCAGUGGUAUGGGCUAUGCCCCACCCCCUCAAUCCGUAGCCGGAACGAUGCCUACUCUUCACCAGCGGCCCCCGGGACAAGGCUCGAUGGGCGAGCCUUCGUCUACACCAAACCAUCACCGUGGCUACAGCCAAGGGUCGAUGCAGGGUGGGAUGCCACCAUUGCACCCAUCAUCACAGCCUCGCUAA